GUGGAUGAGAGAGAUUCAACAUGUUCCUCUCCUCAGAUCUGGCUCAGCACUACCUGAUGAAGGCCAACAUCACCGCCAUCCGCCGUGUGAGGAAGACCGACAACAACCGCAUCGCCAGGGCAUGUGGCGCUCGUAUCGCUAACCGCACUGACGAGCUGCGUGAAGAGGACAUCGGAACCGGAGCCGGUCUGUUUGAGGUGAAGAAGAUUGGAGACGAGUACUUCACCUUCGUCACAGAGUGCAAAGAUCCUAAAGCCUGCACCAUCCUGCUGAGAGGGGCCAGCAAGGAGAUCCUGGCGGAGGUGGAGAGGAACCUGCAGGACGCCAUGCAGGUGUGCCGUAACGUUCUGUUGGAACCCGCCCUGCUGCCUGGAGGCGGCGCGGUGGAGAUGGCCGUCUCUAAGCGUCUGAUGGAGCGCUCUCGCUCUCUCACAGGCGUGGACCAGUGGCCCUACAGAGCCGUGGCCCACGCCCUGGAGGUCAUCCCUAGAACCCUCAUCCAGAACUGUGGAGCCUCCACCAUCCGGGUGCUCACCUCUCUCAGGGCGAAGCACACCCAGCCGGACAGUGUGAACUGGGGCGUGGACGGAGAGACCGGCUGCCUCUCUGAUAUGAUGGAGCUGGGGAUCUGGGAGCCACUGGCAGUCAAAGCUCAGGUCUACAAGACCGCUGUGGAGACGGCCAUCUUGCUGCUGCGUAUCGAUGACAUCGUCUCCGGUCACAAGAAGAAGGACAAAGACGGUCAGACGGGAGGACAGGGAGCGGAGUAGAUCAUCAUCUGUCACUGAGUGUGUGUGUGUGUGUGUGUGUGGGGGGGGACCAGAUGACUCACUGAAACUAAAAUAAACCGUCAAUAAAAGUGAAAGUUAGAAACCUGUUUGUGAAGUUUGUUCUGAUUAUUGACAGAUCAACGCUCCUCAUUAACUGUAAGAAAUAAACCCUUUUUCACAUCACACCA